AUGACGGCCGAGAGCGGGCCGCCGGCGCCGCCGCCGCAGCCGGAGGCGCUGGCGGCCGUGAAGGAGGAGCGCGGUGAGGCGGGGGCCGGCGGGGUACCGGCGGAGGCCGCGGGUCGCGGCGCCGGUGGGCGGCGGCGGAAGCGCCCCCUGCAGCGGGGCAAGCCGCCCUACAGCUACAUCGCGCUCAUUGCCAUGGCCAUAGCGCACGCGCCGGAGCGCCGCCUCACUCUGGGCGGCAUCUACAAGUUCAUCACCGAGCGUUUCCCCUUCUACCGCGACAACCCCAAAAAGUGGCAGAACAGCAUCCGCCACAACCUCACGCUCAACGACUGCUUCCUCAAGAUCCCGCGCGAGGCCGGCCGCCCGGGAAAGGGCAACUACUGGGCGCUCGAUCCCAACGCCGAGGACAUGUUCGAGAGCGGCAGCUUCCUGCGCCGCCGCAAGCGUUUCAAGCGCUCUGACCUGUCCACUUACCCGGCUUACAUGCAGGACGCGGCCGCCGCCGCCGCCGCCGCUGCGGCCGCCGCCGCUGCCGCCAUCUUCCCGGGUGGGGUGCCCGCUGCGCGCCCUCCUUACCCUGGCGCGGUCUAUGCAGGCUAUGCCGCACCGUCGCUCGCCGCGCCGCCCCCGGUCUACUACCCGGCUGCUUCGCCAGGCCCGUGCCGCGUCUUCGGCCUGGUGCCUGAGCGGCCGCUCAGCCCAGAACUGGGCCCCGCGCCAUCGGGGCCCGCCGGUUCCUGCUCCUUUGCCUCGGCCGGCGGCUCUGCCGCUAGCACCGCUUACCAGCCAGCCGGCUGCGCCGGUGCCCGACCCGCCAACACUUCCGCCUAUGCGGCCGCCUAUGCUGGCCCCGACGGCACGUACUCGCAAGGGGCCAGCGGGGCCCUCUUCGCAGCGACUGGCCGAUUGGCCGGGCCCGCUUCGCCCCCCGCGGGUGGCAGCAGCGGCGGCGUCGAGACUGCGGUGGACUUCUAUGGGCGCACAUCGCCGGGCCAGUUCGGAGCGCUGGGGCCCUGCUACAAUCCUGGUGGGCAGCUUGGAGCGGGCAGUGGAGGCGCCUACCACGCUCGCCACGCGGCUGCCUAUCCAGGCGCAGUGGAUCGGUUCGUGUCCGCCAUGUGA